AUGGGGAAGAUAACGAAGCAGAUGCAGCCCAAGCAUGCCGAGACUUUGUCUCCAUGGCUCAAGGACUUUGUCACAUCGGCAUGCUCCACACCCUUGCCUCUCCUUCCAAACCACCUCCACAAGUUCCCGACAAGAUGGCCUUACCCGAGAGGUGAUUUAUACCACUGGAUCCCUCUUCUCAACCGAUUCGACGACAUCUUGGACUGCUUCUGCACCACCUACAACCUGGAACAGGGCCCCCAAAACCGCGAUUUUGGCCGCGAUCUGCUCCUCAACCAAGGCGCUAAGACUGAACAAUAUGGCGACCAGACCUGGGACAAUGAUGGUCUUGUCAAGUUGGGCUACAAUGCAGAUGGAGAUAGGCAGCUGAUCGAGGCUGUCCUCAAGUUCACCCGUAUACUCCUGCAGCACUGCGGCAACCGAAGCAUCUACUCUAGUAGCAUGGUCCUGAACAAGCUGCUCAACACUACAGUUCUGUCGCUUCUUCUUGCAACUCUGCAGGUCAGCGCCGAGUUGGCCCAGCGCUACCAAGCUUCUGUCAAGAGAAUAGGAAGCGCCUCCCGCACAGUGAGCACUGCUCUGCUGAGCAACCACUACCAGAUCGACCUCGACCGCGUGAACAGCGUCGCUCUGCCCUUCGCCAAGACUCCGAUCGUCAGUCUUUCAGACUCGCUGGCUACUGCUACGCCCACCUCGAGUGCCAAGGGCAAGGAAAAGCCUCAGGCCCCGAGCCAUAAAAACGCCGCAGCCAUGUUUGCCAACGACUUGGGGUCUAUUCUUACACCCGACAAUGGGCGCUGGAAUGGAUGGGGAGAUAUCAAGAUCACCUAUACCGUGGCGUCGAUCGCAAAGGACCACCCUGUCUCAACGGCUCAUGAUCGCAUUGGUUCCAACAUGCCCUCUACACCGACCCCUCUGAGGCGCAGCACGACAGCCGGCUCUCAGCAUAACACUCCAAGAUCCGCUCGUCAGGCCGGCGUUGACGAGGCUUCGCCAUUAAGUACACGAAGCCCCAUCGUCGCCAAUGACCAUACCAAGUCGAGUCAGCGAAUCUUCGAUUUGCCGCAAUCAGUCGUUGCCUCCACGCCCAUCUACGAGCUCCUUGCACGAUGUCCUGCGGAUAUGCCCGCCUCAGCCAAAUAUGAGAUUCUCAACCGUCUGAGAGUAGCCAAGGCUCUUCUUGGGGGUGCGGAGUCUCGACAGGAAGCGCUUGCCGUCCGUCUACUCGCCAUCACAAACCUGGCCUUCAUCCAUCCGGAGACGACCUUCGUCGAGAAGGUUCUGCGUCAUGACAACGACGAAACACGACGCUAUCAGUUGGCUUAUCAACUGGCGGAACUAAUUCACCCGCCGGCCGAUGGUUCCAUUCAAGUACCGCUGUGGCUCCAGUCAAUUGUCUUGGGCCUCCUUGAGGUCAUCUCAAACUAUGCUGCAAGAUACCAAGAUGUUUUGUCGGCCCUGAAUGCGAAUGUCAACCACGGAAUUCUCUUAUACGUCAUCCGAAAGGCUGUCGCAGGGAUGAAGACCAGUGAACCCGACCGCGGUAUUCAUACCACGGAAGUCGACGAGUGGCGUACCAGUCUUUUCUCUUUGACGACUCACCUGGCCAUGUCUACUAGAAUCGGAGCUGAGAUGGUGACGGCCGGACUGAUGGAUAUUCUGGUGGAGAUUCUUAAAAUCAGGUCGGAUGUCGCCCAGCGCAAUCAGUCCAUGAUUCUGGCUUUCCUCGACGGACUGAUUUGGACGUAUCAGAAUGCGUUCCAAUCGUUCUUCAGCGGAUCCGGUCUUGAUGCCAUCUCCGAACUCCUUGUCAUAACGGUGGCCGAAGCAAAGCAACUUGUGCAAGCUGGAGAGGGCAACACACCUGAACACUAUUGCCAGGUUGUUGACUAUGAGAUACCCUACAAUCAACAGCAGACCCUGAAAUGGGUUCUCAAGUUUGUCCAUCACAUGAUGACGAACUCUUACACCUAUGGCGGAAACACUGAUCGACUUCUCCGUAACCUUGUUGACAAAUCGGAGCUGUUGGCCAGCUUGCGAGACAUCAUGCAGAAUACUAAGCGCUAUGGAUCCGUCUUGUGGACGACUACUGUCACGGUGCUCAGCGACUUUAUCAACAAUGACCCUACAAGCUUCGCUGCCAUUUCUGAAUCUGGAAUCAUCGUCGCUUAUUUGGAAGCCAUCACUGGCCAUCCAGUUACCUCUCAGCCCACCAUCGCACCUUCGCAGGACGCUGAGGAGCAAACGGCAGACACCGCUGAUCCUGGUGACAACAAUGGUGAGAACAACACCGAUCGAGACAAUAGAAACCGCGACGAGGAUGACGAAGGCAGCCCUGAAUCCUCUAAUGCUUCCAUUCAAAUCGACGCUGAUACUCGGCCUCAUCCGCCUCCUGAGGAAGAAAUUGCCCAGUCACAUGAGCGUCGCCCUCUGGCCCAGGGCAUCUUGCCAACAUCCGACGCCAUCAACGUUGUCCCACAAGUUCUCAACUCCAUUUGCUUGAAUAAUGCAGGUAUGAAGAUGGUGGCCUCCUCUCGCGCUCUUGAGUCGUUUCUCGAAAUCUUCGAGAGCCCUGCCCACGUCAAUACCAUGGAAACCGACCCUCAUCUCGCUAGCAAUGUGGGCGCCAGCUUUGACGAACUCGCCCGGCACCACCCUAACUUGAGGCGUCCGAUCUCAAAUGCUGUGAUCGACAUGGUUGCUAGGGUCAGAUCCUUCGGUAUUUACAAGGCCAAGACUGCUGGCUGGGGCGCGAAACUGUACAUCAGCGACGGUUCACAGAACCCUCCUUCAGCGGAUGAGAAGUACAAGGACCUGGUACUGCACCCUACCACUGAAUUCGGUACAGAAGGCAAAGGAAAGGGGAGGGGCGACAAUCUUGACGUCGAAAUGUCAGAUGCUACGGAAAUUACGGCGCAGAAGGGAGCUCUGGGUUCCGAUGAGCCGUCCACGUCUGCGACAGCUUACAACGACAUAACGCCCUACGUCUAUGCCUUGUCAAGCUUCCUCUCAGCUUACCUCAACAACAAUACGCUCAAGGCUUACUUCAUUACCCAUGGAGGGCUUGAGCUACUGCUAGACGUCGCAGAACUGCCCAGUUUGCCGCAUGACUUUUGUGACUCCCACGCAGCCCGAACCCUGCACCUGGUCAUUUCUCAGCUUGUCGAACAGUCUCCGGUUCUCGGCUUGCCCUCCCUACUCAGGCGCGCACAGGCUUCGGUCGAUACACUCAAACCUUUGGCUGAGUACAAGAAUGACUCUCCCUACUUUCACCCUUUCCUCGGCCUCGACGGCAGAAUGACCCUCGAUGAAGUACGCAGCCUUGACCCGUCGGUGCAAGAACGCAUUUUCAAUGGCAACAAAAUGGUCAAGGCACUACUUACUGCGCAGUCGCUGAUCAAGACGCUCUAUGAAUGUUUCACCUCUUCACCACGCUCCAACUCAGUUCAGCUGUAUCCCAUCAACGUCUUUGACUACUAUCUCGAAUUAGUCAAAUCACUGGGGCCGCUUCUGAAGGCUGUGCUGGCAGAAGAGGGUGCUGGGCAUAACGUGCUUCCUCAACACUGGUGGGCUAAGCGGCCAGCUCCUGGGAGUGACGUUAUGGUUUCCAUCACCGGGGCCGCUGGAGUUCAGAGUGUUGGCGAGGGCGAAGGCGAGACCGAGGCGGCAUCAGCCCCGGCCGAGCCGUCGGAUUCUGCGCCUAGUGCUGCUGUGCCUGCUACAGCUCCUGGCACUCAGCUCAAGACACCAACAAAACAAGAACAAGCGACGUUCCGAUACAAAAACUACGAGACCCUUCGCAUCCUACUCCACUCAAUGGUUCCGUCGACCUUUCCCUUCUUCCAGCAACUUGGCAAAGCUCUCUUCCCAAGACGUGAACGCGAUGCUUAUUCACGUCCAAAGCACAUUGAUAUUGCCAGAGAAUUGUCAGGGACGAUCCUGGCGCAGCUGGCUCCUUCUGUUGACCCUGCUGAGCCUAGGGGCAAGGAGUACCACUACUGGAUCAUCAUGCUUCAUACAUUGACAGAGAUGUUGAUGGACAAUACUCGAGCAUCAGGGGAACGUUCAUCGGUCCAGGUCGUCAUCCCGGUGCUUGUUGCUUUCCUUGAUCAGGGUGGUUUCCAGGUUCUCACGACCAUGGUGCGUCGGUUUUCGGCCGAGAUCUGCAAAGACGCUGGAGACUCAGACGUAGGGGCCACUGCUAGCGCUCGUGUUGCCUCGUUCGGCCUCGGAAAGAUCUUCGAGUUCUUUGCUGCUCUUGUCAACGGUAAGAACAUUUCCGACUCGACCGCACAGUUUGGCCUCCUGCCUCGUUCAGCCGAGAGACGCCCAGACACGCCAAUAUCUCAUCAAAUUGUUGUUGAAGUGAGAAUGGCUGUUCUCCCGGUCAUCCGUGAGAUUUGGGAGUCAACACUGAUCGAGAAGUUGCGACCGGAGGCAGUAGCAAAGGUGAUUGAGAUCCUCAAGAUCAUAUCUGCGGGUGACCAAGAACCAUCUCGGAACACCCCAGCUGUCGAGCUGUUCAAGAAAUCGACAGUCUUGUUCAACUGGCAGGCCCAUACCCCUCUGAUCGGUCUGCUUGAAGAGGAUGGGGCGGACGUCGAGUUGGCCCGCGAAGCUGUCUUCAGAGCCAACUGGAACCAACCUUCUGCAACGGAGUACUGCCGUUCUCACAAGGCUGGCAAGGCCGGUCAAAGGAACCCGGUCCCGCCCGAAGAUGCUUACAAUCCCGAACGCCCUGAGCCAACAAACCAGACCAGUCAGUCGGACAACACAGCGCCAGUACCUGCUGCACCCGCUGAUGCCGAUGCUAUGGCGGUUGACGUGGCGCCGGAAUUCGUCACUCCGGAGCUGGACCGUCUGCUCGGUGAUGCCGUACUGGGCGACCUGGGAAACAGAGCAUCUGAGUGGAAUGGCAACAGCGACGGACGUCCUGCUAUAGCUGGGGAAUCCCAAGCGAGGCCCGAUGCCUCCACGCCAGCAGCUACCACCGAAGAACAGGCCCGCGCUAGCACCGAAACUCAGACGACAAGCAAGGAGAAACUCGACGAAGAACGAUCAAAAUUGCGAGGCAAUCUCAUCGACAGGUCUCUCGACGUUGUCAGGGCUCAUCCCCACUCGGCCAUCGAGCUGUCUGAGCUAAUUAGUGCCAUGGUAUUCCGCCAGCCGAACGACGAUGCUCGGGAUGAGGUCGGUGCGACUCUGGCAAAUGCGUUGACCUCCUUGUCAUUCGACGACAGCGAAUCAAAGUCGAAUGGCACCAGCAUUGCUGCUUAUGCCCAUCUUCUGGCUCUGCUUAUGCAAGAGAAGAGUUUCUUCAAAUGCAACAUUGACACUCUGAGAGAGAAGGUGGACGAGUACAUAUCUUUCCUCGACUUGAAAGGGUCGUCGACUUCAAACAAAGAGCUCCCUCCCUGGAUUCCGUAUAUCCUGUUGAUCGUCGAGCUUCUGCUGUCAUACGAUGAGCAGCCUAUUGAAGCGCAAUGGAAACCUCCAAGCAAUGAUAGCGAGACGAUUGCGCCUGCUGUGCUUCCUCAACGCAACUUGAUUGUUUCUGCUGAACAGCGAAAUAGGCUUCUGGAUGUAAUUCUGGAGCUGCUUCCCGGCCUCGGGAAGGAGGAGACACUCGCAACCUCUGUACUUCGUGUCAUCGUCAUUUUGACACGUAAGCCCGCCAUGGCGCAAAAGGUUGGAGACAAGCACAACCUUGGGAGGCUGUUUGCCAUGGCCAAGCAGCUUGCGGGUGUUGGUUCAGCACGAUUGAAAGAAAGCAAAACGACUGGCAGCAUCAUGUCUAUCCUGAGACACAUUGUCGAAGACGAGGAGACACUGAAGCAAAUCAUGCGAGCUGAGAUUCGUAACCUAUUCGACAAUCCUCAACGAACUCAGAGAAACCUGGAUCUCAGCACAUACCUGCGUAACAUGGCGCCUCUUGCUUUGCGGUCCCCGGAUCUAUUUGUUGAAAUUACCAAUGAGAUGACCAAGCUAUCUCGUUGGACUCCUGGGAGCGAGGGUAGCAGCCGUGCCCAACAAUUGGCACUCAAGGAGCCCGACUCUGGUUCCAAAAUCAAAGCCCACGAGGAAGAGGCGAGCGUCGAGCCCGCUGUGCAGGCCACGGAGGACUUGUCUAUCCAUGAUGUCAAGCAAUCCACAGAAACGGACGACAAGGAAAUGGCAGACGCGCCUAAGCAAGUAGCUGAGCUGAAACGGCCGGUGGUCGAGAAUCCCCACGGCAUCAUUUACUUCCUCCUGUGCGAGCUGCUCAAAUACAGAGAAGUGGAUGACAAUGAGCCUCCACAGGCCUCGAAGGACAUGGAGAACAUUGCGCCAUCAGGAAGCGCUCCCACAGAAAGCGCUUCUAAAGAGGCAACGCCAGACAACCAGGAUGCAGCCGAUAAUAAGGACAAGGAUAAAAAGUCCACAAAGCCGGUUUUCAGGGCCGAGGAUCAUCCGCACUUCAUCUACCGGUGCUUCUUGCUCAACUGCCUCGCAGAGCUCCUCCAGAGUUACAAUCAGACCAAGGUGGAGUUCAUCAACUUCAAGCGUAGCAUCUCGUUGCAAACGAACACGCCCGUCAAGCCUCGAUCGAAUGUACUCAACUAUCUCAUCCACGACCUCUUGUGCCAAGGCAAUCUCAGCGACAAUGCAGACAGCAUUGUAUCAAAGAAGAAAGCCGCCACCUCUGCCCAAGCCCAACAGGUUCUCGUUGCGCUCGUAGCCAAGACAGGGGAAAAGGUUAUUGACAAGACACGAGAUCGCUUUGAAUACGACGACGAGCCCGAUCUGCUUUUUGUUCGGAAAUUUGUUUUGGACACUAUUCUCAAGGCAUACGAGCGCGCCGCCACACCCGAAGAGCCUGUUGACACUCGCUACCUGAAGAUGCAGUGUCUCGCCGAGCUGAUGAACCAUAUCAUUGGCGAGAAGGACAAGGAAACGACAUCUCAACGGGCACUUGACUCUCCCCAAGGACGAUCGCAAGCACAGUUACGCAGGAUGAUGUACGAGAAGGGCUACCUCGACAAGUUGACUUCCUCUAUCGCCGAAGUCGACCUGAGCCAUGCUGGCGUCAAGAGGGCCAUUAAGUAUGUCCUCAGAGUUCUGCGCGUUCUGACAGAUACCGCCAAAGAACUGAGCCGCUCCCAUGUCCUUCCCUCGACAUCUCUUCCCGAAAACGCCGAAGACGACAUUAUCUCGACAUCUUCAAUGUCUGACAUGGAUGACGAUCGCGAAGAAACGCCGGAUCUCUACCGUAACUCUACUCUUGGUAUGCUCGAGCCUCGUGGAAGCGAUGACGAGUCCGACGAUGAGGACGGUAUGUAUCAUGCACUGGACUGGACUUACAUGCCAUUACUAACUCAAGGUGUAGAGGACGACGACGAAGAGAUGUACGACGAUGACUAUGGCGACGAGCUUGAUUAUGGCGAAGAAGAAGUAUCGGAUGAUGGUGAAGAUGGCGUCAGUGACGAAGACGAAGAAUUGGGUGAGAUGGGUCACAUCGAGGGCCUUCAUGGGGAUCCUGGUGUCGUUGAGGUCAUCAUGGGAGACGAAGAUGAUGACAUGGAUGAGGAUGACGAUGACAGCGAGGAUGACGAAAUGGAUUCUGACGACAUGGAUGAGAUGGAAGAGCACCUCGACGUUGUGGAAGAGAUUGUCGACGAAGACGGCAACCCUCUCGAGGACGAUGGCGCCUCGGAUUGGGAGAGUGAAUCAGAGGAAGAAGAAGAGGAAGACGAUGAAGACAUUGAUUAUGAGGCGGAAGCCCAGGACCGCGAAGAGGCUCACGUUCAUGGCAUGGAGUCUGAGGACAUGAUCGAAAAUCUGGCCCGAGCAGUCAUGGACCCAGAAGACUACGACGGCGACGACAUGGAUGACCUUGGAGAUCACUACAUUGAUGAUGGUCGUGAUGAAGACGACGAUGAAGACGAUGAUGAAGACAUGGAAGAAGACGAGCUCAUCUAUGACGAGGCCUACCCUCAUGACCACCAAUCCUCCAACCUCCCUUCUGCUCUCGGAUGGGAUACUUUGGUCGUCGAGCCAUUCGGAGGCCAGCCUCAACACGCUCAUCGCCAUCGUCAUGGACACCGUAGCCCAUUCCCCCCUGGUUUCAUGGUUGGCGGUGGCCGCGAUCCUCUGGGCGGUAUGUUCUCCUCCAUUGAUGCAGUCUAUCAGCAGAACGAACAGCUGACAGGCCCUGCAGAUUUCCGAAGCUACUUCUCUCCCCGCCACAGACCGAAUGCCGUGCCUAACAAUGCCGACGACGGGGUCAAUCCUCUUCUGCGCCGAAACGGCCAGGGCCGUGAAGCAUCACCCCGCCCUGCGCCGGGUUCUGGUAUGAUUGGCUUGCGCCUGCCUCCUGAAAUUUUUGGUCCGGGUGUACAGCAUUUGUCUAACAGCCCAAUCGCUAUCCUCAACGAUCUCGUCGCGUCUCUUCCGGUCAUGCGACACGGUCAAUCUGCCGUCCACUUGUCCAUUACUCAAAAUGGACGCGGCGAAGUCAGGGAGUACCAUGUUGCCCCUCGCGAAUCUCGGGCAGACAGCCGUCGUGAGACGACUUACCACGAGCCUCAACAGGCCGUCGCCUUUACCCCCGAAUCGACAUUCGAGCGUUACCAAGAAGAAGCUCGCAUGGUUUUCGGCGGGGCUCACUUCAUCGAGAAAGCACAGAAGCUUGUCAAUAUCCUUCUCUCCAAGCUGGUUCCUCCCGCAAUGGAGUAUGAGAAGAAGCUCAAGGCCGAAGAAGAGGAGCGACGUAAAGUGCGAGAAGAGGAGCGCAGAAAGUUUGAAGAGGAAGCUCGGAGGCUCUUGGAGGCCAAGGAAGCCAACGAAAAGGCAGCCCGUGAAAAGAAAGAAGCGGAAGAGCGCGAAGAACAAGAGCGUGCCGCUGCGGAGGCCGCUGCUGCUGCCGGAGAGCGUGAUUUGGCAUCAACCCAAGAAAGCCACACUGACAGUGCUGGCUCGCAAGCCAUGGAAGGGGUCGAAACACAAGAGCCGUCUGCGACCCUGGCCGAAGACACGGCAGACGACGCUAGUCGCGUCAUGACAACUAUCCGUGGAGAGGAAGUCGACGUCACUGAACUCGGUAUUGACCCUGAUUAUUUGGCGGCUCUACCAGAGGAAUUCAGAGAAGAAGUCAUCGCACAAACGGUCAGCACCAGGAGAUCUCAAGCUCGAGAGGAGGCUGCCACUGGCGAACAGGGUGAAGUCUUCCAAGAGUUCCUCGACGCUCUCCCGGAGGAUCUGCGACUAGAAAUCGUUCAACAAGAACGUCAGGAUGCGCGCCGGCGAGAGAGAGAUGAGCAGCGCCGCCAGGCGACAACCGCGGGCCAAGACCAGAUCGCAGUGGACAUGGACCCGGCAAGCAUCCUCUUGACAUUCCCUCCUGAAUUGCGACAGCAAGUUCUCAUGGAUCAAGGAGAGGACAUAAUGGACCACUUGCCUCCUGAAAUGGCCGCUCAGGCCCGUCUGCUUGCCCAGCAACACAGCGCUCACCCUGCUGUCACAGGCAGAAGCCCUCCUGUCGUUGCUCGACGACCAGGUGCUCCACCUGUCGAAUCGGGAGAAGCCAAUGAGAACAAGGUACAGCGGCGGACAGUUGUGCAGAUGCUGGACAAGCCAGGAGUUGCUACUCUGCUUCGGCUCAUGUUCAUUUCCCAGAUCGGCUCCAUCCGCAACUACCUCUUCAGUGUUCUGGCCGAUGUCUGCGAAAACCGUCAAAAUCGCCUCGAAGUAAUCAGCACCAUUCUCUUGAUUCUACAAGAAGGAAGCACAGACAUGGAAGCUGUUGAGCGCAGCUUCAGCCAACUCUCUGUGAAGGCCAAGAAGUCUAAGGAUAAGGACGCAGACCCCAAGACCCCUCAGAACCUUAAGCGGACUCUGACGUCGCUGAGCGCUGCUGUGCAUCAGCAGUCCAACUCGGAGAUAUCACCACUCAUGGUCGUCCACCAGUGCUUGGAUCUGCUGCAAGAUCUCUCCACCAAGAACCCUCACAUCCCCAUGCUCUUCCUGACAGAGCAUGAGGCGGUUGGAUCUUCCCUCAAGCGUACACUCAGCCGCAAGGCCAAGGCCAAGGACUCCAAGGCCCACAAGUAUGCAAUCAACUCACUCCUCACUCUUCUCGACAGAGAUUUGGUGAUGGAGAGCUCGGUGGUUAUGGCCUACCUCGCCGAUUUACUGAAUAAGAUUACGGUACCAUUGGCUACGAUGGAGCGACGCCGUCGGGAAGCUCUAGAGAAGGCUGCUCGGGAGGCCAAGAAGAAGGCAGCGGAAAGUGCAGCGGAAGCCAAUCCCGCUUCGGCCUCAGCCGCCCAACCUGCUGAGGACGCAAUCCUCGAGACUGCCGCCGACGUGGAAGUCCAGGAGCCCAAGGGUGAAAGUGCCGAAAAUGCGAAGACCACCGACAAGUCGACAACCCAGAAAGCGCCUCGCCAAAUGCAGGUUCCGAUCAUUCCGCCGCACAAUCUUACUCUUGUGGUCAAGAUCUUUGUUGCUCGCGAAUGUAGCUCCAAGACGUUCCAAAACACCAUCUCAGCUAUCAAGAACUUGUCUGCUAUUCCAGGCGCCAAGGCAACAUUCGGACAGGAACUGGUCCGCCAAGCUCGUGUCUUGAGUGAGAACAUUGUCGCGGAUCUCGAUGAGCUGCUUCCUCAUAUUGAGAAGGCUACGUCGGGAACCGAGAUUCAAGGUGUUGCGCUUGCCAAGUUUUCUCCCGGUGCUUCUGAGCAGAACAAGCUCCUCCGUGUUCUCACGGCGCUCGAUCACCUAUUCGACAACAAGAAGAAGAGUGACAAGGCAGAUGAAGAUGCCGAGACCAGCAUCAACGAAAAGCAGGAUCUCGUUACUUCACUGUACCACAACUCGACCUUCUCCAUGAUGUGGGAGAAACUGAGCGCCUGUCUCAGCGCUAUCCGUGAGCGGGAGAACAUGGUUAACGUAGCAACGAUCCUUCUGCCACUGAUAGAAUCGCUCAUGGUCGUCUGCAAGAAUACCGCUAUGAACGACGACUCACAGACUCAGAACCAGACAAGCAAGGAGAUGCUGCUAUCAAGCCCGCCCCCGGAGAAUCGCAUGGCCGGCCUCUUCUUCACCUUCACCGAGGACCACCGUCGCAUCCUCAAUGAGCUAGUCCGCAACAGUCCGAAGCUCAUGUCCGGAACGUUUUCGCUUCUGGUCAAGAAUCCAAAGGUUCUCGAGUUCGACAACAAACGCAAUUACUUCAACCGUAGUGUGCACAGCCGUUCCAGUAACAAUCAACGGCCGUCGUUCCCUGCGUUGCAGCUCUCAGUACGUCGCGAGCAUGUCUUCCACGACUCCUUCAAGUCGCUUUACUUCAAGACCGGCGACGAGAUGAAGUAUGGCAAGCUCAACAUUCGCUUCCACAACGAGGAGGGUGUCGACGCCGGAGGUGUAACCCGCGAGUGGUUCCAGGUCUUGUCCAGGCAAAUGUUCGAUGCCAACUAUGCACUCUUCAUUCCGGUCUCCUCUGACCGUACCACAUUCCACCCCAACAAGUUGAGUGGCAUUAAUGACGAGCAUCUCAUGUUCUUCAAGUUCAUUGGUCGCAUCAUCGGAAAGGCCUUGUAUGAGGGUCGGGUUCUCGACUGUUACUUCAGCCGCGCUGUGUACAAGCGUAUUCUCGGCAAGUCGGUAUCCGUCAAGGACAUGGAAUCUUUCGAUCCGGAUUACUACAAGUCUUUGGUGUGGAUGCUCGAUAAUGACAUCACGGACAUCAUCACAGAGACGUUCUCGGUGGAGGACGAUGAGUUUGGCGUGACUCGUACUGUUGACCUUUGCCCCGGCGGUCGUGACAUCGCCGUCACCGAGGAGAACAAGCAUGACUACGUGAGAUUGGUGGUGGAGCACAAGCUGCUGUCAUCUGUUAAGGAACAGAUGGAACACUUCUUGAAGGGAUUCCAUGAUAUCAUUCCCGCGGAUCUCAUCUCCAUUUUCAACGAGCAGGAGUUGGAACUUCUCAUCUCCGGCUUGCCCGACAUUGACGUUGACGACUGGAAGAGCAACACGGAAUACCACAAUUACACUCCGUCAUCACCGCAGAUCCAAUGGUUCUGGCGAGCGAUCCGUUCAUUCGACAAGGAGGAGCGCGCCAAGCUGCUGCAGUUCGUGACUGGAACCAGUAAGGUGCCUCUCAAUGGAUUCAAGGAGCUGGAGGGUAUGAAUGGUAUCAACCGCUUCAACAUCCAUCGAGACUAUGGCAACAAGGAGCGCCUUCCCAGCUCGCACACAUGCUUCAACCAACUUGAUCUCCCUGAAUACGAGAACUACGAAAUGCUUCGUCAACAACUCAUGAAGGCCAUCACAGCAGGAAGCGACUACUUCGGCUUUGCAUAA